AAAUGUAUUUCCGAUUGGUGUUCAACUAGGAGAGCUGGUCAAGGGCAAUAUAAUAAGAGUUAAAGAAGAGAUUAUAACAUUGUCUUUGGAACCUUCACAAAUUCAUGCUAAUCUCAAUAUAGGACAUUUGUCCGACCACUUAUCAUCUACUCAUCUUUUAAACAUUGUAAAAUCAUUAAAGCCAGGCUACAUGUUAAAUGAUCUAAUAAUAAUUUCAAAAAGUGAUGAAAGAGGGUUUGUAAAUGUAAGCAAUAAGCAUUUGCUUAUCGAAGCUGCAAAAAAUGGUAAAUUGCCUAAAUCAAUACAAGAAGUUGAAGUAGGUGAUGUAAUACCAGGAUAUGUAAAAAGUAUUACUGAUUAUGCUGUAUUUAUUGGUUUCUUGGGUGGAUUUACCGCAAGGGCCAUGAGACAUACUAUUGCAGACCAUUAUGUCGCCAGUCCUGUUGGAUUAUUUUAUCCUCAUCAAUCAGUCAUUUGCCGUGUAAUUUCUGUUGAUACUGAAAAUUCAAGGUGUGAAGUGUCUCUAAAGUUAUCGGAUACCCCCGUUACUGCACUUCCAUACAUAUUGCAAGGCGAUUUUAUAAGAACCUAUUUCAAUGAACUUAUACCUCAAGAUGGACAAACGUCACUUUCAACCAUCGAGAAAAAGGUCAAUAUCGGUGAAGUAGUUAAAUGUAAAGUAAACAAGCAAAUAUCUGAACGUGGAGUAUCAGGAUUUAAAGGAAAUGUCCUCUUAGAGGACAAUAUGGAUGUCAAGAUAAAAGGAUUUAUACACGAAUAUCAAGCAAACUGUAGGGAUGAAGGAGUUAACGAGAAUGACCUAUUAUAUGGAAUUGUGCUUGACUUAGAUAUGAAAGGAAAGCAAGCAGAUCUGGCAGUAAGGCCAGAAUUAGUAGAUAAAUUUAAAAUACAGAGCAAUAAGCCGAUUAAUAAUAAAUAUAAGGAACUCAAGAAAGUUUCCAAAAAGGGUAUUGCAGUUGAUGCCAUUAUUGAAUUAGUUAAAGAUGACUAUAUUAUUGUUUCUCUUCCGGAACAAUGGAAUACGAUUGCAUUUGCUGCGGCCAAAAGCUAUAAUAAUCGAACACAACCUUUUAUGCGAUAUUCUUUUGGACAAAAAGUAAAAGUACAAAUAGUUCACGUUCCACAACAUAAGAAUGAUAAUAAUGUUAACGAUAGUAACGUCAUAGAUCGUGUUUUGGUGGCACUUCAACAAGCAGCUGAUCAAGAAAAAUUUAUGAUAUCAGGUACAAAAUCAAUUGAAGAUUUUUCACCUGGACAAAAAAUUAAGGGUACUAUAACUGCAGUAGAAAAAUACGGUGUUUUUAUCAAAAUUAAUAAUAGUUCUGUGAGUGGUCUCUGUCAUAUAUCAAAAUUAUCAGAAGACUUUGUUAAAGAUGUAUCAGCACUAUAUAAAACUGGUCAACAUGUAACUGCAGUGGUUUUGAACAUUGAUUUUACUACACAAAAAGUCGCUUUUGGUAUUAAAAACUCGUGUUUUAAGGAGUAUGGUAUAGAUUUACUUGAUGAAUCAGAUCAGGAUAUGGAUGACGAUAUGGAGGUUGAAGAUGAUGCUGAAAAAUCAAAUUUACAAAUGGAAAUUGAUUCAGAUGAUCAAGAAAGUCAAGUAUCUGAUAUUAACGAAAGCGAUAAUGAAAUGAUGGAAGUAAACAACAAUUCGCAAGAAGUUGAAAUCACGCCUUUGCCAAUUUCUA